UGUUGCACCUAGCUACUUCAUCCGUCUCUCCUCUCUGCUCUACCUUAUCGCUCUGCUCCAUCUCGAUCGCCCACCUGCAAGACUCCCCUCUGAAAAAUAUUUGGCCUUUUGAUUUCAUAACCAUCUCUCUCUGGAGUUCCAACCCUUAUUACGUUUCUUUGCCGCCACUGCGCUUAUAUGUGAGUUAAGCUUUUGACACCAAAAGCAAGGCCAGGCUGGGUGUUGUCUUGAUCAAAAUUAUUCUGCUCAGCAUUUGGUUGAGGGCCUUUAUAGAUCAGGAAGGAUAAAUAAUAAGCUGACAAUGAAACGAACGGUUAGUGAAGUGGAAAAAGUGAGUGAAUAAAAUACCGAAACUUCAACUUCAAAAUCAUCCCAACCACCGCCGAAGAAGAGACGGGGCCUAACACGAUGCAAGAAUGUCAUAGACGCGACAACCUUAUUACCUUUAAGGAAUAUAUAUAUAUAGAUCAUCUUAUAUAGUUUUCAUAAUUAGACUAUAUUCAAUAUGAAGGAGAAAAAAGGAUUUCUAUCUUUAUUUUUGUACUAAACAUCUACAAUUGUUAAUUUUUGUUUAGGGUUAAUAAGUUUGGACAGCCGAUCGGUCCUGGAAGUGGUACAUAUACUAAUUAUUUGGGAACACUUGCCCGGAAGGGUAAAUUAGUUCUUUGUACUACAAAACUUGGUGGGAGAUGCCUAAAUGGCUGAAGGAGGAUAUGUGGAAUAUUGUAAAGGGAAAAUAUGAUGUGGGAAUCAUGUCAAAACAAUGGACAUUAUCCUCUAUCGGAAAAAAAUGGAGGGGGUACAAGUGUGAAUUAAAAAAUGAAUACUACUUGGUUAGGGAUACAGAAGAAGAAAGAUUGGUAAACCUACCACCUGAUGUUUGAAAAGGAGCAUUGGGAAUUUUUGGUUACGCAUUGGGGUACGCCUAUGACGAAGGUGGUCAGCAAAAAAAAUAAAGAACGUCGUGGGAAUCAGACAAUGAUGCAUACUACAGGGACAAAAAGCUUUGCACAUGUUUCUGCCGAGAUUGAGGAAGACGAAGGUAUUCAGCUUUCUCGUGCAGAUUUAUUCAUCCCUACACAUGUAAAUAAGGAUGGCAAAGCUACUGAUGCUGCUGCUUCGGAGUUGAUUGAAAACAUAAGAGAACUUCAAAAAAGUUAUUCUGACUCGCGUAUUGGCAGUUCUAAUGAUUUGUUCUCCAUUGUGAGGGGAGAAGAGAGAACUGCUCAUGUGCGGAUGGUUGGCUUCGAGCCUACACCAAGUGAUGUUUGGGGGCCCUCUCUUAGUAAAGUUGAACUGAUUAAUAAUGUCAAAAAAUCUCAGGAGGAGGCACGUGCUGCACAUGUAGAGUUGUAGGAGACGAUUUCAAAAAUGCAAGCCGACUAUGACAAUAAGUUGAAAAAUUUACGAGCCAACUACGACGACAAGUUAGAAAAUUUACAACAACAGGUGGCUAUGCUAAUGCAGAUGCAACAACAAAAUUGUAGUGGAAAGGGUAAUUCAAAUCAAAUGGGCAAGAAGACUUGUUGAAGUUGAAGCUAAAGUUGAAGAUGGGGUCGUGGCUGUGCUUUCUGAAUUUCCUUCUCCUUGGAUGGGUCCUUUUUGAAAAACUUGUAUUACAUUUGUCAAAAAUUCUUAAUUCUUUUUGUGUGACAUUUAGUAGCUUUAUCUAGACAAUUUGGAUGGUAUUUUCAUAAUGGCAGGUUAACUUGUGGUUGUAUUAGUAUACAUUUUGGCUUUUUGGUUGACAUUUACCAACUUUAUCAAUUAGUAGCCAAUUUCGAUGGUAUUUUUCAUAUUGGCAGCAGGUUAACUUGUGGUUGUAUUAUGUAAAAACAAUUUGAUGAUAUUUUUAUAUUGAUUUGUGUUAUAGAUGACA